AUGGGUGCUGAGGAUGUCCGUCGGCAGGCCUUGAAUGUGUUCCGUAUGAAGCUUCUUGGUGCCGAGGUAGUGGCUGUUAUCAGUACAACUGGUAGCUAUACUCUACGUGAUGCAGCAGAUACACAUUAUAUCCUUGGUUCUGUCGUUGGGCCACACUCUUUCCCAACCAUUGUACGCACCUUUCAAUCUGUGAUAGGCGAAGAAACUAAGCAACAAAUAAAAGAGUCCAUUGACAGGCUUCUCGAUGCUGUUGUUACAUGCGUUGGAGGUGGUAGCAACGCAUCUGGCAUGUUCUAUCCCUUUUUACAAGAGUCAGGUGUCCAGCUUUUAGGUGUGGAGGCUGGUAGCGAUGGUCUCAAUACGUCUCAUCAAUCAGCAACGCUUUCUACGGGCAGUAAGGAUGAGCAUGGUCAGGUUUCUGGGACGCACUCUAUCUCUGCUGGUUUGGACCAUCCAGCCGUGGGACCUCAAUUGAGGUCUUGGAAAGACAGCGGGCGGGCUCGGUUUAUUGCUGCCACAGACGCCCAAGCCCUGGCCGGUUCCGGGUAUUGGCAGAGUAUGAAGGUAUCAUCCCGGCUUUAG